UUGAAACAAUUCUCCACCGACCUGAAAAAGAAAUCCGUGUCAGUACUCUCUAGCGCUCGCUGCUUGUACCUCGCAAGUCGCAAGCCCCAGGACCUCGCCGAGGACGGCAGCGAUGGCCACGCAAGAACGGGAACCCGAACGGCAACCCCACGCCGGCCGCCGCGUCGCGCUGUUCCCGCUGCCGUUCCAGGGCCACCUGAGCCCCAUGCUCCAGCUCGCCGAUCUCCUCCGCGCGCGGGGGCUCGCCGUCACCGUCCUCCACACGCGCUCCAACGCGCCCGACCCGGCGCGCCACCGCCACGGGCCGGACCUCGCCUUCCUCCCCAUCCACGAGGCGGCGCUCCCCGAGGAGGCCACCUCCCCUGGCGCCGACAUCGUCGCGCAGCUCCUCGCGCUCAACGCCGCCUGCGAGGCCCCGUUCCGGGACGCCCUGGCGUCGCUGCUCCCCGGCGUGGCGUGCGCCGUGGUGGACGGGCAGUGGUACGCGGCGCUGGGCGCGGCGGCCCGGCUCGGCGUCCCCGCGCUCGCGCUCCGGACGGACAGCGCCGCCACGUUCCGCAGCAUGCUCGCCUUCCCGCGGCUGCGCGACGCCGGAUUCAUCCCAAUCCAAGGCGAGCGGCUGGAUGAGGCGGUGCCGGAGCUGGAGCCGCUCCGGGUGCGAGACCUGAUCCGCGUCGACGGCUGCGAGACGGAGGCGCUGUGCGGCUUCAUCGCCCGCGUCGCCGACGCGAUGCGGGAUUCGGCGUCUGGGGUCGUCGUCAACACGUUCGACGCCAUCGAGGCGUCGGAACUGGGCAAGAUCGAGGCCGAGCUGUCCAAGCCAACCUUCGCCGUCGGGCCGCUGCACAAGCUCACCACGGCGAGGACGGCGGCGGAGCAGUACCGCCAUUUCGUGCGCCUGUACGGUCCGGACCGCGCCUGCCUCGCGUGGCUGGACGCGCACCCGCCGCGCUCCGUGCUGUACGUGAGCCUGGGGAGCGUCGCCUGCAUCGACCACGACAUGUUCGACGAAAUGGCGUGGGGUCUCGCCGCCAGCGGCGUGCCGUUCCUCUGGGUCAACCGGCCCGGCUCCGUCCGCGGCUGUAUGCCAGCGCUACCCUACGGGGUCGACGUGAGCAGGGGCAAGAUCGUGCCAUGGGCGCCGCAGAGGGACGUCCUGGCGCACCCGGCCAUCGGCGGGUUCUGGACGCACUGCGGGUGGAACUCGACGCUGGAGAGCGUCUGUGAGGGGGUGCCCAUGCUCGCGCGGCCGUGCUUCGCCGACCAGACGGUGAACGCGAGGUACGUGACGCACCAGUGGGGCGUCGGGCUGGAGCUCGGCGAGGUGUUCGACCGGGACCGCGUCGCCGUGGCGGUGAGGAAGCUGAUGGUUGGGGAAGAAGGCGCCGCGAUGAGGGAGACAGCGCGUCGCCUGAAAAUCCAGGCGAAUCAAUGCGUCGCUGCGACUCUCGCCAUUGACAAUCUAGUUAAGUACAUUUGUUCGCUGUGAACUGCUCGUUGUAGCAUAUCAAGUCUUCAGAUAAUUAGUACUCCUGUCUCUUCAUGUUAUCUCAAUAUCUGCUGUAAAUUUGUAGCCGAAUUGUAACUGGCAAACUUCUGUUGAUGAACUCUUGGAAAUCUUUGAUGUAUAAGAUUUCAGUGGGAUCACUCAACUGAAGUGUUCUGUCCAAACUUUAUUCAAGUUAUGUUCUUUUCUGAUGGUUUUAGUCCUGUUUUCGCUGUUAUAUGAACUUGAUGGUUCUACUACAAAA